AAACGCAUGCGAGAAGAAUAGAGAGCCCUGGCCGGUUGACAGAGCAAAGAGAUCGUAAUACUACGGGAAGGAAUGGCGGAGAAGGCGUCUGUCACUUCCUCCGCCGCCGCCAUCGCCAUCACCGUCGGUGAGGGCAUGAAUUCAGAGCAUGUUUCUGCAACGGUGCGUUUCUUUGAGAAUUGCGGACCCUCCGCCACCGUCCCUCAGCAAGUUGAGGCAAUAAGCCUCUCCAAUUUCGUUCGAGGUCUUCUCAAGGUCGAUUCCAUCGAGCGCGGCCGGCUGUCGUGCCUCGUUUCUGUCAAGCCUCCCUCUACGAAUAUUUACGGUGGGAUGCAUGGAGGGGCUGUUGCGUCUGUGGCAGAGAGGUUGUCAAUUGCUUGUGCCAGAACUGUCGUAGGCAGAGAUAAGGAACUUUUUCUUGGAGAACUCAGCAUAUCCUAUCUCUCUGCUGCUCCCCUCAAUGGUGCAGUUCAUGUAUCACUUGAUACUCUAUUGGAAUCUUUUACAUCGCUAAAAAGGAAAAAUCAGAGCACUGAUAUGGUAAAGGAGUUGAUGCAAACUAGUCACAGGCUGGUGCUUUGUAGCUUCACGCCCUUGGUUUUUCUUAUGUCUGUCAAUUAGGUUGUUUAAAAAAGAACUUAGUAUUGUAAAUCUGUAACUCCAAUUAAGGCACUUAUGCCAGAAUACCUUUCUUUUACUGAAAUUAAAUAUCCCAAGAUUUUGUACAGGUAUGAGCAACUAGAGACACGGUGAAAGUUUGUUGUCCUCCUGAGUAGAGUCAAGCUUAGAAUUAAGACCAUAUUAGAGAGGGAGACAAAUUUUGAAGAAAUUACUCCAAAUUGGAACUUGGAUCUGAACUAAAAUAAAACAUUAGCUUCUUGUCAUUAGCUUAGUUGCCAUAAAUACAAAGUUCAGGGAGAGAGUGGUUAAGAAGAAUAAUAGUGAUUUAUUUAUUGCUUGAGUUACAAAGAUUUCAAACUAACUAGUAGUAUUUUCAUUCAAUUUUGUUCAUUUUUGGACGAUUUGACUCUGGAUAGAAAUGACUGGAAAUCUAGAGUAGUCUUAUUUAUCCAACCUCAUCUAGUAAGAUUGAGGUUUGUGGUGGUGGUGGUGUUUGUUCAUUUAUUGAUCAUGAAGCAACAUUAUGGGGGUACUACUGUCUCACUGGCAUUGUCUUUGAUGAAGAAUACGAAUGACACUACAUAGUCAUGCCAAUCCAAGUUAUGAUAAUUGUGUUUCUGAUUUAGAUCUCACACGACUUAAUGCUUGCCCAAAUUUAUAGUGUUGACAUCAUUGAUUUAUUUUACAUUUGUUAGAAAAUGUUUGU